CAAUAAACAACAAAUAACUUGUAGUUGACAUUUUCUUUUCGUAUGAUAGUUAAUGUUAGAGAAUUGGUGGCUUUAUUUUUUCUCCUUAUGGUAUUUCUCAACUUCAUGUGAGUGAGAAUCCUGUCGAGAGGGUGCUUCAUCAGUGCAUUUACCCCUUAGUGCUACCUUGGGGGUGGGGGGAAUAACUUCAUGAGUGUUUUCAAUUUGUCCUCAUCCUUCCUAGCAUACAGCGGAGAGGGCCUUGACUUAAAGGUGGUGACCUGACUCUUAAGUUGCUCUACCUUUUUGAGGCACUAAUUUUUUCAAUUAUUUGGUUUUGUAUUUGACUGUUUCUCUUAGGAGAACAUUUUGUUUCCUGCUCAGUUUGUAACUGGCUAGAAUGUUCCAAAGUCAGCAGUCUAGAGUCCUGGGUGAGGAGUUUGGGUCGUGCUUUAAGUCACUACCACUGCUCUUAGGGACAAAAAACCUUUAGAACUUGGAGUCCUGCCUGUCCCAUGCUGGAGAGCACAAGAACCUUGAUGAGAAUCCUACCAGAAUGCAAUUCUGCUUCUUGGAAAUUAAGAUGCAAUGGAUCAACUUGAGCAGAGGGUAAAUGAAUUUUUUAUGAACGCAAAGAAAAACAAGCCUGAAUGGCGAGAAGAACAAAUGACAUCAAUCAAAAAAGAUUAUUAUAAGGCUUUGGAAGAUGCUGAUGAAAAAGUGCAACUGGCUAAUCAAAUAUAUGAUUUGGUAGACCGUCAUUUGAGAAAAUUGGACCAGGAGCUCGCUAAAUUUAAAAUGGAGCUUGAGGCAGAUAAUGCUGGAAUUACAGAAAUAUUAGAGAGACGGUCUUUGGAGCUGGAUACACCAUCACAGCCUGUGAAUAACCAUCAUGCCCAUUCUCACACUCCAGUAGAGAAAAGGAAACACAAUCCAUCUUCUCACCACAGUACAACAGAUCAUGUUCCUGAAAAGAAGUUUAAAUCUGAAGCUCUUCUAUCUACCCUGACUUCAGAUGCUUCUAAAGAAAAUACGCCAGGGUGUCGAAACAGUAAUUCAUCAUCCUCUUCAAACAAUGCAUACAAUACAAACUCUUCUCAACCAUUGGCAUCAUAUAACCUGGGCUCAUUAUCUUCAGGAUCCGGGGCCGGUGCAAUUACCAUGGCAGCAGCUCAAGCAGUGCAAGCCACGGCACAGAUGAAGGAAGGAAGACGAACAUCCAGUCUAAAAGCCAGCUACGAAGCAUUUAAGAACAAUGAUUUUCAGCUUGGAAGAGAAUUUUCGUUAUCCAGAGAUUCAUCUGGGUAUUCAUCAUCAGCUCUGGCAUCUACAUUAACACAGACGUUAAGUUCAUCAACCACAGAUUCACGAAGUGGCAGAAAAAGCAAAAACAACAACAAAUCUUCAAGUCAGCAGUCCUCAUCAUCUUCCUCUUCUUCCUCGCUAUCAUCAUGUUCUUCUUCAUCUGCACUGGCACAAGAACUGUCUCAGCAAACAACAGUAAUACCAGAGUCUGAUUCUAAUAGUCAGGUUGACUGGACCUAUGAUCCAAAUGAGCCACGUUACUGCAUCUGUAAUCAGGUGUCCUAUGGUGAAAUGGUAGGCUGUGAUAACCAGGAUUGCCCUAUUGAGUGGUUCCACUAUGGGUGUGUUGGACUGACAGAAGCACCGAAAGGGAAAUGGUACUGUCCACAGUGUACAGCUGCAAUGAAGAGAAGAGGCAGUAGGCAUAAAUAAAUUUCUUCAUCUGGAAAACAAAUUACAUACUAAAGGUUUUAUAGAGGACUUGGGAGGGGAAGGAACCCCCACCACACUUCCUUGCAACCACUUAAGGGUUAACAUAGCAGUCAUAAGAUCUUGAACUAUUGAUUUUGCUAGUUGUGCUUUAAUAUUGUAAGUAAAUUAUUUAUGCACAUUGAUGUGCUACAGAUACUAUUCCAGUGAGCCUUGGAUUGUUCCAGUGGCCAGCAUAUGCAGACAUUUGUACUAUCAAACCAUUUUCUCUAAGCAGUGGGCAUUCUACAAUUAUUCAAUCUUCCAAAAAUUCCGGUAAGUCAAGAUUUUAAAUGUUUUAUAUACAACAGAUAUAUUCUGCUGCAUGUACUGUACUCAAGAGCUGUUAUGUUACACUAUGUAUAUAAAUGGUGCAAAAAGUCAGUGCUUCUGGAAAAAAAGAGACAAUGGUUUUUAAAAUGCCUUUAUAGGUUUGGUUCUUUAUGAAACAUAAUUCAGCAGGCUGAAGAAAAUGGUUCUUGUAUACAGCGGGCUGUUGUCCUCUAGGGUACUUGAGUAUGUAAAAACAAAAAAAUGCUGUAGAAUAAAACAAACUUGUGCCAUUAGUCUUUAUAUGUUUCUGCUCCAGAGAAGGAGCAGGCCAUAAGAGGAAAAAAAGGUGUUAAAGUGAUGAUAAAUUUUUAUACCAAAUGUGUUUAUUUUUUUGUGCAAGUAAUCCUUUAAAUUUGAAUUGUAUUAGGUGUUAAAAUAAAACGACCUCAACUCCUCAAAUUAAUGUUUCCUGUACAUUUGUCAAAAAUAUGGGAUUAUCCCUGGAAUGGUUUCAGAAGACUAUAGCUAUGUUUGCAUCAGAAAGUCCUAUGCAGGACCUAUGUGAAGGAUCAUUGUACGGGAGGACAGUUCUCUCAUGGUUGGAUAAUUAAUACAUGUAUAGGCAAAUUUGCCUUGAUGUCGAUCAGUGGUACCUGCUUAAAUGGGCACAAAAGUUCUGUUUUCCAUGUGGUUAAAAAGUCCCCCAAAAACCUACUGUGUCAGGAGAUGGCCACAGGUAGGAUUGCCUUUGUAUUUCUAUGGCAGAGGUGGAAAUAAGAAGGGGAGAAGAUAAACCAUGGUAAGGGUGUUUUGCAGCUGCCGUAUUUCUUCCUGGACCGUGGUGUUUAUGUAGAAACCAGCACAUGGUUCAGGAAAGCAGAAUGAGGCUUCAUCCUGCUUGUAGGCUCCCUAGGGUAACAGGGAGGAUCGUAUUAGGAAGCCUCAGUGCAGGCCUAUAAAUGGUUGGAUCUGCGAGUUGUACGCAUUGGAGUACAGGACCAGAAAACUGAUCUUUAAAUUAGACCCUUGACUCUGAAUCUAAUGGAAAGAUUUUCUAUGGUUUUUCACCACUUGGUUAUUUUGGACAUAGUUUGUAGAUCUCCUUUCACUGACAAUUUCCUCUUGUUGUUUUUGUAUGGCUCUUUCAUGCAUCAGCACUGAAACGAGAUUAUUAAUCCUUUUUUCUCCUUCCUCCUUCCUUCUCUUACUAAAAAACCCACUUUCCAUUGGAAUAAAGAUUUUACUUUAGCACUGGGUUGCUCUUUGGGCUGUCAGGCUGAAGGACCAUGGCCUUCAUGUAGUAGCUUUCUAAGCCCAGAGGGAGGAGAAGAGGGAGAGAAGCAGUGUUUCAGUGUAUGACUGUGCAAAUAGUGUCCAGGAAAUAAAAAGAGUUAGGCUCAUUAGUAGUAGGAAUAUGUGCAGAAAAUGCAGGUUUUGCCCAAACCAAGAUGAAACCAGGCUUAUGUUGCAGCAUUUAUUUAAAAAUG